UGUGAGUGUGAGACGCAAGUCGUGAUAAGGAGAGCGCGGUAAUUGCGUAAAAAUUUGAAAAACUUAAAAUUAAAUAAAUAUAAAAUAAAGCAAAAUGAGUCAAGUAAUUACAAUAACAGCUCCAGUGAACAUAGCAGUGAUAAAAUAUUGGGGCAAACGUGACGAGGAACUAAUUUUACCGUUAAAUGAUUCCGUUAGCGCUACUUUGGAUACGAAAGUUAUGUGUGCUAAAACUUCUGUAUGCGCACGGCCAGAUAUUCGUGAAAAUGAAAUAUGGUUGAAUAAAGUUAAGGAAUCUUUUAAUAAUAAACGGCUGCAGAAUUGCUUGAAAGAAAUCAAAAAUAUAGCGAGAGCACAAAAAAGUGUUGACGACGAUUUUCUGACGUGGAACGUACGUAUUUAUUCAGAGAAUAACUUUCCAACGGCGGCAGGUUUGGCAUCUUCAGCUGCGGGAUACGCCUGUUUGGUAACAGCUUUGGCUAAAUUGUAUAAAGUCAAGACAGAUAUAAGCGCUUUAGCUCGAUUAGGAUCAGGUAGCGCUUGCAGAAGUGUAUAUGGUGGUUUCGUGAGAUGGCAUGCAGGUGUGAGACCUGACGGGAGCGAUUCAAUAGCAACCCAAAUAGUAGACUCUGCACAUUGGCCGGAAAUGAGAGUCCUAGUACUAGUUGUUGCAGAUAGUAAGAAGCACACUAGUUCUUCUAAAGGAAUGCAGAAUUCUGUAGCCACAUCUGAGCUUCUUAAAUAUAGAGUCCAACACUCAGUGCCUAAAAGAGUCGAUGAUAUCUGCAAAGCUAUAAAGGAUAAAAACUUUGCAACAUUUGCAGAGAUAACAAUGAAAGAUAGCAAUCAGUUCCAUGCAGUCUGCUUGGAUACAUACCCACCGUGUGUAUACAUGAGAGAUAUCUCUCAUAAAAUUGUUGAAGUAAUACAUAAAUAUAACGAGAUUUGUGGAGAGUUGAAAGUGGCAUACACAUUCGAUGCAGGACCAAAUGCCUGCCUGUAUUUACUUGAAAAAGAUGUCCCAGAUGUCAUUUCUCUAGUUAAUCAUGUAUUUCCUUCCUCUAAACAAGAGUUUGUCAAAGGUCUUAAGGCUCCAGAGACUCAGGAUACAGAUUUCUUGAAUCAAUUUCCAAUUCAACCUUUGGAGAAGGAUUUGCUUAAGUACUUAAUUUACACUAAAGUUGGUGAUGAGCCUCAGGAAAUCACAGAUGGAAGUCAUCUCUUAGAUAUUAAUGGGCUCCCAUUAGAUUAAUCAGGAUUAAAUUAAUAAGUUAAAAUAAGAUAAGAUUUAGAAAAACAUAAUUUUAUAAA